AGCCCACUCCUCUCUGCAGUAUGCAUGUUCGUCAGGGAAUCCGCGACGCGCUCACGUCCCAGCAGUGUACUUCAUCGGCCAGAGACCAUCAACUCAAGAGUCUAGGAUAAUAAAAUUGGAUGUGGCAGGCGGACCGGAGGCGGAAAGCCCGGAGUUACCGCAGGAAUACAGUACUACUAAGGGAAUACAGGCUGGCUCUCUCCUCUGAACGUGGACAAUCAUGCAUGUGCUCUUCUGGGGCUUGGGGUUCCUACUAUUCCCUGAUUUCUUGAAUGUAGUCGCAUCUACGGGGACAUUGCUUUUGAAUUCAAGCACGGUAAACGAGGAGGUCGGCGCUUAUGAGAUUGUAACACCGGUGCGAGUGAAUGAAGCCGGUGACAAGUUUCCAACCAGUGUGCACUUCAAAAGGAAAAGGCGAAGUUUGGAUGAGGGCACAGGCAAUAGCACGGAUCACUGGGCCUCGCCGAAUAUCCACUACAGGAUAUCUGCUUUCGGACAGGACUAUCACCUCAACCUGACGUUGGAUUCGGGAUUUAUCGCACCUCUCUACACUGUGACAAUACUUGGAGUAGCCCGAGGAGAGAACGUAACGGAUUUUGCAGCAGAUGAGAGAGAGGAGGAGGAGGAGGACACGGAGUUAAGGCACUGCUUUUACAAAGGACAAGUAAAUGCACAUGCAGAGCACGCCGCAGUCAUCAGUCUGUGCUCUGGACUGCUCGGCACUUUCAGGUCUCCAGAAGGGGAGUAUUUUGUGGAGCCCCUUCACAGCUAUCAAGGAGAACACUAUGAAGAGGAACACACAAAACCUCAUAUUGUAUACAGGAAAAGUGCACCCAAGAAACAGACCACUGAGGAGACCUCAGCUUGUGAUACUUCAGGACACAAACACAGACAUAAGAGACACAAGGUGAAAAGAAGGACAGCGGCUGGGGUCAGCACUGUGGUUAAAGCAGUCCCUGUGGUCAGUACUGGUGUAUUCAAUGACCUGGAGUCACUGAGCGCUGGCCUGGCCAGCAAUGCUUUGCUCAGAUCACAGCAUGGCAGUGCUAGCGCUAGACCGUCAAAUGAUAGCAGCGGUGACUCAGGACCUCACAGGAGAUCAAAGCGCUUCCUCUCCUACCCGCGCUUUGUUGAAGUUAUGCUGGUGGCCGACAGCAAAAUGGUGGAGCAUCACGGCAGCAACCUACAGCACUACAUACUCACGUUAAUGUCUAUAGUGUCUUCCAUAUACAAGGACCCCAGCAUUGGAAACCUGAUUAACAUUGUGAUUGUAAAGUUAGUUAUAAUAAACAAUGAGCUGGAUGGUCCAGUUAUUUCAUUUAAUGCACAGACCACUUUAAAGAACUUCUGCAUCUGGCAGCAGAGUCAGAACGUCCUGGAUGAUAACCACCACUCCCAUCACGACACUGCCAUCCUAAUCACCAGGCAGGACAUCUGUAGAGCGAGGGAUAAGUGUGACACCUUAGGACUUGCAGAGUUGGGGACCGUGUGUGAUCCCUACAGGAGCUGCAGCAUCAGUGAGGACAAUGGACUCAGUACUGCAUUCACCAUUGCCCACGAACUUGGACAUGUGUUCAACAUGCCUCACGAUGACAGUAACAAGUGUAAGGAGGAUGGAGUUAAGAUUCAACAACAUGUGAUGGCUCCCACACUUAAUUACAACACAAACCCUUGGAUGUGGUCCAAGUGUAGCAGGAAGUACAUCACAGAGUUCCUUGACACAGGAUAUGGUGAGUGCUUGCUCGAUGAGCCCGUUUCUAGACCGUACGCUCUCUCGCAGCAGCUGCCCGGGCGGAUAUACAAUGUCAAUAAACAGUGUGAAUUGAUAUUUGGGCCGGGAACGCAGGUGUGCCCUUAUAUGACCCAGUGUCGAAGACUAUGGUGCACAAGUCCAGAGGGCGCCCAGCGGGGCUGCAGGACUCAGCACAUGCCGUGGGCAGAUGGCACCGACUGUUCACCUGGAAAGCACUGCAAACAUGGGCUGUGUAUAGCCAAAGAGCACGAUGCCUCACCUGUUGAGGGAGCGUGGGGAGUCUGGAGUCCUUUUGGCACCUGUUCGCGGACAUGCGGCGGAGGCAUAAAGAUUGCCAUGCGCGAAUGCAACCGACCCGUGCCCAGAAAUGGAGGAACGUACUGUGUUGGUCGCCGGAUGAAGUUUCGUUCCUGCAACUCUGAGCCCUGCUCCAAGCAGAAGAAGGACUUCAGGGAGGAACAGUGUGCUGCUUUUGACGGCAGGCACUUUAACAUCAAUGGUCUACCUCCAAAUGUUCGCUGGGUGCCCAAGUACAGCGGAAUUCUGAUGAAGGACAGAUGUAAGCUGUUCUGCAGGGUUGCAGGCAGCACAGCCUACUAUCAGCUCAGGGACAGGGUCAUUGACGGCACGCCAUGUGGACCCGAUACCAACGACAUCUGUGUCCAGGGCCUGUGCAGACAGGCGGGCUGUGAUCAUGUACUCAACUCUAAAGCCAGGAGGGACAAAUGUGGCGUAUGUGGAGGCGAUAACUCUUCCUGCAAAACUGUAGCAGGCACCUUUAACAUUGUACGCUAUGGCUAUAACGAAGUGGUGCGAAUACCAAGUGGUGCUACAAACAUAGAUGUGCGUCAACACAGUUACUCAGGGAAACCGGAGGAUGACAACUACCUCGCCAUAUCAAAUAGCCGCGGAGAGUUUCUGCUUAACGGGGAGUUUGUGGUUAGCAUGUUCAAAAGGGAAAUCAAAGUAGGAAAUGCCAUCAUCGAGUACAGCGGUUCCGACCAUGUCAUUGAGAGGAUCAACUGUACUGACCGCAUAGAAGAGGAAAUCGUUAUCCAGGUGCUUUCUGUGGGGAACCUUUACAACCCAGAUGUCAGGUAUUCCUUUAACAUUCCCAUAGAGGAUAAGCCUCAACAGUUCUUCUGGGAUGCUUAUGGGCCCUGGCAGGAGUGUAGUCGUCUGUGCCAAGGAGAGCGCAAGCGGAAGAUUCUCUGUAGCAGAGAAUCGGACAGGGUGGUGGUGUCAGACCAGAGGUGCCACGGCACAGCGAGACCUGCUGUCAUCACUGAGCCAUGCAACACUGAAUGUGAACUUAGAUGGCACGUUGCUCGAAAAAGUGAGUGUACAGCCCAGUGCGGCCAAGGAUAUCGUACCCUGGAAAUAUACUGUGCCAAAAUCAACCGUGCAGACGGCAAGACCCAGAAGGUUGAUGACCGCUACUGUAGCGGUCAGCGCAAACCUGAUGACAAGGAAGGCUGUCACGGAGACUGUAACCCGGGUGGUUGGGAGUACUCAUCCUGGUCGGAGUGCUCCAAGAGCUGCGGUGGAGGAACCCGCCGUCGAGGGGCAGUGUGUCGAAAGGCAGCUGAGGCUGGUGGCGAUGAGAGCAAAUGCAGUCAAAGGGACAAGCUGACCGUCCAACCCUGCAAUGAAUUCCUCUGUCCGCAGUGGAAGACUGGAGACUGGUCUGAGUGCCUUGUGACAUGUGGUAAAGGCUACAAGCAUCGUCAGACGUGGUGUCAGUUUGGUGAGGACCGUCUAGAUGAUCGCUUUUGUGGGUCGUCUAAACCAGAGUCAGUGCAGACGUGCCAACAGCAGGAGUGUGCCGCUUGGCAGGUUGGACCUUGGGGACAGUGCACUACCUCUUGUGGGCCAGGCUACCAGAUGCGAGCAGUGAAGUGCGUGGUGGGCUCUUAUGGUGCCGUCAUGGACGACACCGAAUGUAACGCAGCCACGCGACCCACUGACACCCAGGACUGUGAAAUAGCCCAGUGUCCCAGCAGCCACCCUGUUCCCCCAGGGACCAAAGUCCCUUCCCACCCGGGCCACAAAACCCAGUGGCGAUUUGGUUCCUGGACCCAGUGUAGCGCCAGCUGUGGCAAAGGGACACGGAUGCGCUAUGUGAGUUGCCGUGACGACCAGGGCGGCGUGGCCGACGAGUCGGCAUGCGCCCACCUACCAAAGCCUCCUUCAAGGGAAGUGUGCACAGUUGUGGCAUGUGGACAGUGGAAAGUGCUGGAAUGGACAGUGUGCUCAGUCACCUGUGGCCAGGGAAAGACGACGCGACAAGUGCUGUGCGUCAACUUCAGUGACCAAGAAGUGAACGCUAGUGAGUGUGACCCAGACGACCGUCCUGCCACAGAGCAGGACUGUGCCAUGUCUCAGUGCCCGUCCCGCUCCAGUGAUUCCCGACCUCCGUCCUCACCAAACACCAGCACCAGGAACCUGCCACGUAGCCAAUCCCACCAAUGGCGGACUGGACCCUGGGGCGCGUGCUCCAGCACAUGUGCAGGAGGCUUCCAGCGGCGUGUGGUAGUGUGCCAGGAUGAGAACGGCUACCCUGCCAACAGCUGUGAAGAUCGCAGCCGACCCAGCGAGCAAAGAUCCUGCGAAUCGGGGCCAUGUCCACAGUGGGUGUAUGGCAGCUGGGGAGAGUGCACGAAGCCAUGCGGAGGUGGGAUAAAGACAAGGCUGGUGGUGUGUCAGCGUCCAAACGGCGAGCGUUUCAAUGAUCUGAGCUGCGAGAUCCAUGACAAGCCCCCAGAUCGUGAGCAGUGCAAUACUCAGCCAUGCCCGUCUAACCCCCACUGGAGCACAGACCCAUGGACCUCGUGCUCAGCCUCCUGUGGAAGAGGCUUCAAAUCCCGCAAAGUGAGCUGUGUGACCCGGUCAGGACGCCCUGUCCCAGAGGAGUACUGCCAGCACGUGUCGUCCAAACCCAGCGAGCGGCGCCGCUGCAGAGGUGGACGAUGUCCUAAGUGGAAAACUGGCAACUGGGGGGAGUGUUCAGCGUCCUGCGGCGAUGGCAUCCAGCAGCGGGAGGUGUUCUGCCAGUUUGAAGACCAACAGAGCUCGCAGGAGACCGGCUGUCCCCAGCGCUCCCGACCAGCGUCCAGCCAGAGCUGCCGGGUCACCGACUGUCCCUCUCGCUACCGGUGGAGAGAGGAGGACUGGCAACCGUGUAGUAAGUCGUGCGGAUCGGGUCGCCGACAACGAGCCUUGAAAUGCGUGGACCACAACCAGCGGGAGGUCCACGAGAUGUACUGCGUGAACCAGAUCAGACCCCCAGAAAUAGAAAGCUGCAACACCCACGCUUGCGAAUUCAUCUGGAUUACAGGGGAAUGGACUGAGUGCUCAGCCAGCUGUGGCCAGGGCUACCGCCAGCGUCUGAUCUCAUGCAGUGAGGUGCAUGUGGAGAAUGACAACUAUGAGUAUGGCCAUCAGUCUUUGUCCAACUGCCCUGGGACCCCUCCUGAGAGCUACAUGCCUUGUAAUCUGGGCCCGUGCCCUCUGCUGCAAGAAUGGAGGGUUGGAAUCUGGGGACCGUGUUCAGUGACUUGCGGAGAUGGAGUGACUGCGAGGACGGUGCAGUGUGUAUCAGCUGGUGGUCAGAAAAGCGACGAGUGUUCCCCAGAUGUAAUGCCAGGAGCCAAAAAGGUCUGCAGGAAUCCAAACUGCCGUUUGCCUUCUAGCUGUCAAGAGAUCCAGACCAUGAAUGGCCCCAUGCCAGACAGUGAGCAUUUUCUCAGCAUACAAGGCAAAACACUCAAGGUCUUCUGUGCUGGAAUGCAGACAGAGGCUCCGCGGGAGUACAUCACCUUGGCGACGGGUGAAGGGGAGAAUUUUUCAGAGAUCUUUGGCUUCAGGCUCAAUGACCCCACCCAGUGUCCAGCCAAUGGCUCUAGAAGAGAAGAUUGCGACUGUCGAAGAGACUACAGUGCCGCUGGCAUCACCACCUUCUCCAAAGUCCGCCUGGACCUCAGCAAGAUGAACAUCAUCACUACAGACUGGCAGUUUGCAUUUACCCACCAAGGCAAGAGUGUUCCAUUUGGUACAGCUGGAGACUGCUACAGUGCCGUUCCUUGUCCGCAGGGCCGCUUUAAGAUCAACCUGUCAGGAACAGGGCUCAGGCUAGCUGACGACACCUCUUGGAUGUCCCAGGGCACCUUUGUAGUGAAGACGAUAAAAAAAUCUCAGGAUGGCAGCAGAGUGUCAGGAAUGUGUGGAGGCUAUUGUGGUAAAUGUAUACCGUCCUCUGGUCACAGUCUGCCCAUAACAGUGGAAUGAACACAACGCCAUCAAACAGUGUUGUGUUCAGGUGCUCAUUGUGUGAACAUGUCCCUCCUUGGUGCUACAGCCAACUUUGAGUUCAAACUGUUCCAAGCAACCUCUUUUUCCUCCUGUGUGUUUAUAGCGUAAUUUAAAAU